AUGGGGAAGUAUGCUAUGCUCAUGCCCGUAUGUUCUUAUCAACCGCAGAGCCCUGCUCUCUACGGGCGCUGGGGUCCCCGAAUUCCAUCACCGAUCAUACCUGUCGCUGCGGCACUCCUUCCACGUUCUGGGCGGGUACUCAUUUUUGCGGCGGAUAGAGGAGAUGCUUUUGACGGCGAAGGCAGCAACUGGCAUAGCACACUUACGGCUAUCUACGAUCCGGCCACGAAUACUAUCACCGCGACGAAGAUAGCCGAUACAGAGCAUGGCAUGUUUUGCCCUGGCGUCUCGCUCGAUGUGGACGGCCGACCAAUUGUUAGCGGAGGCAUGAGUGACACUAAAGUCAGCGUUUUUGAUGAAAUUGGUGGAAACUGGUCGCCAUUACAAGAUAUGACAACGGGGCGUGGAUACCACGCCCAGGUGACACUCUCGAACGGAAACAUCUUCACAAUCGGUGGUUCAUGGAGUGGAGGCAUCGGUGGGAACAAUGUGCCUAGGAAAGGGGGAGAAGUCUUUGAUUUUGUCCAUCAGACCUGGAAAGCUCUUCCGGACUGCCUGGUAGAACCAAUGUUAACAAAUGACUCCCGCGGUGCAUUCUGCUCAGACAACCAUGCCUGGCUCUUUGCAUGGAAGAAUGAGUCCGUAUUCCAGGCAGGGCCUUCAUCGGCCAUGAACUGGUAUGGCACACAUGAUACAGGCCAUUAUUACCCUGCAAGGCUAAGGGGAUCAGACUUCGACUCAAUGAAUGGAAACGCCGUUAUGUAUGAUGCUGUGCAAGGCAAGAUUUUGACGUUAGGAGGCUCGACAAGCUAUUCAGAAUCGUAUAGCACGAGGGCUGCACAUAUUGUAACGCUUUCCGAUGCAUAUCAGCAGGUAACAGUUGAAAAGAUCCGGUCCAUGCACUACCCUCGAGUGUAUGCGAAUAGCAUUGUUCUCCCAAAUGGCGAGGUCUUCGUUAAUGGUGGAGUGUCCUACGCGAAACAGUGGGCUGAUGUCAACACAUCACUUGUCCCUGAGAUUUGGAACCCUAUGACACGCGAAUUUGUCAAGGCCGCCAAGUCGCCCAUUCCCCGGAACUACCACAGCACAGCCAUCCUUUUGCCUGAUGCAACGGUCUUGACCGGGGGCGGAGGCCUUUGCUGGAGAAAUUGUGGUGAUUCUUCCAUCAAUCACCUAGAUGUGCAGAUAUAUUAUCCGCCAUAUUUGUUUGAUUCUGGGGGCGAGGCACUUCGUAGGCGGCCGCGAAUUCUCGAACUGUCUAGCUCUACAAUACAUCCUGGUGCAACACUUGUCAUCACCACAGAUUUGCGGAUCAUACACUUCGCGCUUAUCCGUUAUGGUUCAGUCACGCAUUCUAUCAAUACUGAUCAGCGACGAGUUGCCCUCGAAGCAAAUCCAGCGAAAAUCAAAUACGUUAGAAAAGAUCAAUGGCACUCUAGCAUUGUCAUGCCUAACGAUCUUGGUGUAGUACCCCCAGGAUAUUGGAUGUUAUUUGCAAUCAGCGAUCAAGGGGCUCCGUCGCACGCUGCAACGCCAUAUUUCGACAGCUUUUAA